AGAGAAAUAACUGACAGUCUUUGUUUAAAAAGACUGGCAACGCUUUACAACAGUUGAUUUUUCGCAUGGCAAAACUGCUCUGGCUAAAGCAAAACGCGGAAUAAAACAAAACGGAGAAUUUAUCAAGAAAGCAGCCUUAUUGCAGGAAAUCCCCAGUUUUAAAGUUUGUGUAUUGCGCAAAAGUAUCCACUGCGCACAAUGUUAGCGAUACCAUUAUUAUCGUUGUUAUUGUUACUGAUUGCGGCCGCUGCUCCUGCUGCUGCUGCUGCGCAGUCAGCAAUGUAUGUGCAUCGAGCUCCCGUAUUGGGGGUGGAUGCCCUACGCAACGAAUAUUUCCAUUUGGUGCGGGACCUUUGGCAAUAUUUGGAGAAAACGGGGAACAGUCAGAACAAUCGGGAUCAACAGUUGCGCAAAGUGUACGAUUCGCAUCGCAGUUUCAUCAAUAAACCGGAAAUGGAUCGAGCAUUUAACGAUGGCAACCAAUAUCAAAUUUUACAUCAUUACGAAUGGGCGCUUUUGGAGAGCAAGUUGUUGAAUUUGAAUGGUAUUUUUUACUCUUUCAAGCAUCAUCUAAUGAAAGCGACCACCAGCAACGAUGUGGAGGAGCGUGCUGUUCUGGAUUUAACCGAGGCAGUGUUGCGCAAUGAUAAAAUAUUUUCAAUGUCGCAAAUAUUCCAAGAAAUUGAAUACUGUAUGGUCAAGCAAACGAUGUACUACAGGGCAAUGGUGAAAUCGCUGGAUGAGAUGUGCCACACGAAACAAUCGCCACAACAAUUUGUCUACUCACUGUACACAGACAUUGCGCUAACGGAACUCAAGGGCUACACCAUGAUGGAGUUCUCGUGGAUGAUGUUGCGCGUCUAUGGACGGGGCAAUUUCACCCAGGAAGCGGAACUUAUGCGUCGCGACUACGAGAAGCGAGUGGAGCGAACAUUGAAACUACUGCGCGAGGUGAUGCAACGAUCAGAUCGAAUUGUUUAUCGCUGUGAUCCCCAGAAGCAUAUCAAAAAUGAGACAUACGAUGAGGUGACACGUCUACUCCAGGGCUACAUUGUCAACGAGGUCGAUCUGAAUACGGACGAUACGUGCCGGGAGACAUGCGAUUUCUAUCAGUCGACGCGCAGUGAUAGCUGCUUCAAGGAACUAUAUUGUGCUAGGCAACCGAAGUGUACGGGUAAGAUCUACAAUUGCCAGUUUGUCGAUAGCGAUAUGUGGGUCUGUCCAUCGCCAUUGAAUGGCAGUCGCCGUUACGAGUACAUCGAGUAUGAGAAUGGACGUACGCUGGGUCAGCGCAAGACAUGCUCGCGUGGCACCACCAAAGUGGAUAGCUGGUGGCGUUAUCUCUUCUGGCACUGCAGCUACUGUUUCUGUCUGUGCGAUGAGCAGGGCAUCAAAUCGGAUCGCUUCUUCAAUCUGCGCGAAUCCGUCGCCGAUGUCAAGCAAAACAAAGUCGUCACCGGUCUGCGUUUUGUGAAGCGGAAUCGUGUCUUUCAUCUGCAGAUACAGGAGGGCCAACUGUUGCCACGCGGCAGCAUAAAUGCCAGCACUCUGGCCUGGAAGCCGGUCGAUGACUAUAAGAUCUUUGAUAGAAAUGUGGCCAAGGGCAGGGACUAUCAUACGAUGAGCUAUGAGAGUCGCUCCAUCGAUCUGGAUGAUAUUAUGAAAAUGGAUGAUAAUAGUUUCGUUGUGACCGGUGUACGAUUCCGGGUGCUGGGCGCUCAUUUGAAUUUGGAGGCGCGUCUCAGUGAAUUCGAUUUCAAGCGCGGUGAACUCGUUCAGCCGGAGGUGAACAGCGUUUGGCAAUCGAAUGACAAUACGGAUGUGAGCGGCGAGCGCAGACAAAAACUGAAAAUACACAAUGUGGAUGUGCCGACGCGUACGGUCGUCAGUUCGCUGGUGGCAUCUAAGCACAACGAGUACAUUGAAUUUGUCAAUUCGGGAAUGGAUAAGGAUGCGGCACAGAGCACCGUGCCCUACCUCGAUAUACAGGAUGUGGUUUCGAGUCCACCAGUGCCACUAGCUGGCAUCGGCAUCUACUAUAAGACACGGCCAGGCUUCGGCGGCUUUGUCGCCCCCAAAAUAAUCACCUAUGAUUUCUCGCCACACGUUCAGGUGCCAAAGAAUACGAACUAAAAAAAAAACCUAAUGAAAAAUUAGGUUUGCAGCGCAUCGUGUCUCAGCUAUAUAUAAUAAUAAUAAACAACUAGCUUUCUAUGUAGGAUCUACAACUGA